AUGUCGAAUCCAACCAUGUGGGAGAAGGUGAAGGUGGGAUCGAAGAGCGGUUUUGACAAGACGUGGAAGGCACUGGAUAAACUGGGAGGGCCAGUCAACCGCCUGAGCAACAAACUCGGCAGCGAAGCCUUCUGGCCGACGACAUUGGACAAGGAAAGCGACAAGGCUGCGCGGAUCUUGAAGAGCUUCUGCAAAGACGGCUUCUACGCCGAGGAGGACAGAUACGAUGCGCCGCAAGAUGGGCCCAAGCAGAAACAGAAGGUCGUCAAGAAGAUUCCUGCAGAUGUUAUUAAGAAUGCAAAAGGUCUGGCUAUCUUCACAACUAUGCGCACCGGUCUUUGGAUCUCGGGUGCUGGUGGGUCUGGCAUUUUGGUCGCAAGGACUGCUGAUGGCUCGUGGAGUCCACCAUCAGGCAUCCUGCUUCAUACGGCUGGACUGGGCUUCCUGGUCGGCGUAGACAUCUACGACUGCGUGAUCGUCAUGAACACCGAGGAGGCAGUCCAAGCCUUCACCAAAGUACGAUGCACCUUGGGAAGUGAAAUCAGUGUAGCAGCAGGACCUGUCGGUGCAGGUGGUGUCAUGGACACUGAAGUCCACAAACGACAAGCCCCCAUCUUCACCUACCUCAAAAGCCGCGGCUUUUACGCCGGCGUGCAAAUCGACGGUUCCGUCAUCAUCGAACGCUUCGACGAAAACGAGCGCUUCUACGGCCAAAAGAUCUCCGUGCAGGAUAUCCUCGCGGGUAAAGCUCGCCAUCCACCCUACGAGGUCAAACGCCUCAUGGAGACCAUCAAAGCUGCCCAAGGAGACACCAACUUCGACGCCAGCAUGAUCCCCACCGAAGCCCCACCUUCCGACUUCGACGUCGAGAAGGGAACGUUUGGAGUCCCAGACAAAGAAGACCCAGACCCGUACGGCGUUCUCGCCCUCGAAAAAGAGGGCAUGAGCUUAAAAGAAGCAGGCACCAAAAAGCGGGCUAGCUGGGAGGAGUUCACAUUCAACCCGGCGCCAACCUCGCCCGUGCACAGCAUCUAUGCGCGGCAGAGCCAGGACUUCGCAGGUGGAGUGAGGAGGAAUAGCUGGCGAUCGAGUGCUUUCGCAAACACAGAGCCCAAGACACCGAGUUCGUUGCGGAAUAGCAUGGAUCAGGUGCGCUCGCCGAGUUUGAUGGUCGACUCGGCCACGCAGACAGAGUUGAACGCUGAGUUGGCCGCACAGUCACCCCACCGGAGGAGCAUGCACAGUCUGAACGGCAGCAGUAGACACGGCAGCCAGAGCAGCAUCGACAAGACUCAUCUGCACAUGCAGAACGUGCCGGAGAACGACGUCCUCAAGACCGCGGAACAUGCGAAUGGGUAUACCACGCCCCCUCGCACCCCACCCGCUUCUCACGAUACGCACGAUCACGUCGACGACGAGCACGACGAGGAGGUCCACAUCGUCGAGCCAGCGACUAUGCAUUCCGUCCAAUCCGUCCAACCCGCCCAACAAGUCAUCUCCCGCGCCAAACUCGUCGACGUACCGAAGCGAAUCCCGCCAAAACUCCCUCCACGAAACCCCGGCCGAAACCUCAACGCUCCCGUCGUCGUAGACGCUUCCCCCAAGGAAGGCACUUCACCGCAAGACGCCUCGCCCGAACGACCAAUCUCCACCGAGCCAGAAACCGCCGAGCCCACCGUUGCCGACAAACUCGAGGACAUUAAACUCGACGACGACGAAGAAGACGAGGACGAGAAAGGCCGUCCGGAUCCCUGGGCGAAAGUCGAGGAGGCGAAGAAGUUGGAGCUGGAGUAUCAGCAGUUGAAGGAUGAGAGUGGGGAGCAUAAUGCGGCGAAGAUGCCGGGUGGGUUUGAUUGA